CAAAAAUCUAGGCAUAAAACAUAUGCUGAAGCGACACGCAUUAAAAAUGUGUGUCGCUACUUCACACUGAUAUCACUCCUCAUCCAGAAGAGAAACCAGAUAUUUACCGUGUCCUGCAAACCAGGAUUUAUCGCUCUUCUCGUUCAGAAGGAGCGUACCUUUUCGAUAUUACCGAAUGUAAAAAGCAGUAUACCGAUCAACAAUGUAUGGUCGAGCUGAAAAACCAACACCCUAACGUACACGCUUGUAUGGCACUUAGCGAUGGUGCGACUCGUUACCUUGAAGUUUAUGUUACUAGAGAUAACGACAUAAACAACAUUUCUCGUAAAGGUGAAACCAAGCUCCAAGUACUACCCUGUAAAGCGAUUACAGAGCAAUCACAGGUCAUUACUCUAAAACUCACUCACCUACCUAUGCUUACCUCUAAGGAGGUGCUCAGUGGACUUCAUACGAGCUUGGCAAUUUUUGGAAAUAUUUUGGAUAUUGGAAUCACCACUAAACAAGCAACGGGUUUCUUUAUGGGUAGCGGUUAUGCGGUACUUGACGUCUAUCAACCAGACAAUACUCCCACUUCCAAGAGAUUCCAAAAACUCAGUUAUCAGAUUAGUUGGAUGGAAACGAACACUGAAGUAUUUAGAGCCACUUGAAACAACAUGCCAAUGUGGUGCAGAUAUUGUCACCAGGAUGGCCACACGAAAUUCACUUGUGAGGCUUCCAGAGCUCGCAUCUUAUGUUACUCCUGCCAUGAACAAGGCCACAGAUCAUACGAAUGUCCUCGUAAUAAUUCGGCUAUUACUCCCAGUAAGAAACAAGACAGAAAGAUCAGUAAGAAUUCUGAGCGUAAGGCUGUUAAACAUACCCCUUCGACCGACUCUCCAUCAAGUAAGGGACACCAAUCACCUACCACUCAAGAGACGAAUGCCCAAGAGGAAAAACUACCAGAGAAAGAAGGUUUAGGCUACGAUGAUAUGCACAUCGACGAUGGUGUCA